AGGGGGCAGACACAGCCCACAGCGACUGAACUAUUUUUUUUUUUUUGGAGAAGAUUGAAGGAUAGGGCACAGGACGAGUGAUGAUGAUGAUGGUUUUGGUUAAAAAACAAAGUUUUUCGUUUUACAGUGUCUGAUUUGUAGUGAACAUAUUUCGAGGAACAGUGCGGAACAGCCGGGCUAGCUGACACUUCUGGACAUUUUAUACCUGAGGCUUGGGCUUCAGCCAACAUCCCUGCCUUGGCCUUCUUGAAAAUGGAAGAGCUCCACACUCACUGUGUGUCAUGUGUGAGCCGGCGGUGCAUGGUCAAGCCUGAGCCUGGCACUUCCUGUGACCUUCUUGUCUGCCCGCUGGUUUGCGGCGCUGUUUUUCACAGCUGUAAGGUAGACGAACAUCGUUUGCUGUGCCCACUUGAGAGGGUACCAUGCCUCAACCACAGCAUCGGCUGCCCUUUUAUGCUGGCCCGAGGCAAGAUGGCGGAGCAUCUCGAGGUGUGUCCGGCUGGCGUGGUAUGUUGCACCAUGGAGUGGAACCGGUGGCCGGUGAAUGACGAGGACUACCGCUCCUACGAGAGGUUGAGUCGGGAUGCAGAUGAGGAAGAACAGCUAGACAUGGCUCUUGCCUUGCAGGACCAGCGCACAAUGCUGGCCUCACUAAAACUUGUAUCUCUCGCACCCACAAAUUGUCCUGACAGAAAACCGCAGCUUGCAGAGACACGUGAAAAGCCUAGUGUAAUUGCAGAUGUUAUGGUUCCCACCAUGACACUUGAGGAAGACAUGGAUGGGGCAUCAGUGUUGUGUUGCUCAAAAGACAUAAUCAGCAAUGGGAUUAACGGAUUGAAUGAGGAGCAUUAUGGUGAGCUUUACCAAACCACGGUAGAGACGACCAAAAGCCUGUCUGCUGCUCUGAAUGUUCUGAUACACCUCAAUGCCUCGGACACGCAGUGUCAAACUACGAGUGUUUCAGCAGCGCAACCAGACUUAAAUGGAGAGUUACAUGAAGUGUUACUUAUGAAAGAAGACACCGGGUCCUACUGUGAUAAAAUAGCCAGUGGGGUUAGUGGUUUAAAUGAGGAGUUGCAGCCUCAACGACACCAAACCUUGAUGGAAUUGGGGAGAAACUUGGCCUCUGCUCUUGGUGCGCUUGGAGAUGCUGUCAAAGGCUCUGAGCCAAGCUGUAUAUUCAGCAAGACCAAUAGUGCAAUCGAUCAGCCAGAUACUGUUGAGUGUGCAGACAUUGAAAUGAAGGAUAGUACCUCUGAAAAUGAGGUUGAGUUUGGGGCAGUUGGUGGAAUUGAUCAUGAGGAUUCAGACAAACUUCCUGGCCACAUUAGUCAAGAACAUUGUCAAGAAUCUUCACUCAGACUAGGAGAUGAGGAUGAGAAAAGUUUGUGUAACAAUUGUCACAAUGCUGUAUCAUCUAGAAAAUCACAGGACCAUUCUAUGGAACCAGCUGAAAUAGAUGAGUGUUCAGAGCAUGGUGAUUCUUGGGAGUUUGUUGGUCCAUUAAUUCCGCACAGACCAGAAUUGAGACAUGAUCUAGCCACUGUUGUAAUGCAGGAGGCAUCUGGAUCCCAGGCUCCACUCUUACAGCCGCCUGUGCAUGCCCAGGCUCUGGUUGUUCCCAGGGACAGUCUGCUGCCUUCCAUAGCAUUAGACUUUGAGGAUAAGGCUUUUGAGAGAAAACUCCAAAACCUUCAGUUGCUCCGCAAUUUUAUGCCUCUUGCACUUAAUGGACGGAAGGGUUGCUUUACUGAGAGCUUCCCACACAGACAGCAUCGUUGUAAAAUGGAGGACAAAGCUGUGGACACGUCCGAUCUGGAGCAGGAGCCUCAGGAUGACCCCUUGGGCCUUGGUGAGAUCGACUUCACAGCUGCAGCGCUGCUGUUUUGCCUAGAGGAGUCACCACGAGCCCGCAGAAUCUCUGACACCCUCUAUGCCUUUGGUGGCUCACGUGUCGAUUUUGGAACUCAGACCUUCAGUUUCCCUGCUGCCAUCUUGGCGACCAGCACUAUGGUUGGCGAGGUGGCGUCUGCUUCGGCUUGUGACCGAGCCGCGCCUCGUCUCUCACAGCCAAGUCCCUUUUGUACUUUACGAUUAGAUUUGACUCUGGAACAGCUGGUGCCACGACCCAGCUGGGCCCCACGUGAAGGCUCCAUGUUCACAUUCGAAUGUGGCCAACUGUUCCGCCGAGAAGAGUUCCUCUCACACUUCCGCAACGUCCACGGAGACAUCCAUUCAGGGCUGAACGGCUGGAUGGAGCACCGCUGUCCACUCGCCUAUUAUGGCUGCACCUAUUCCCAACGCAGGUUCUGCCCAUCCAGACAGGGAUCAAAGGUUGUCCAUGACCGACACCUCAGGUCAUUUGGGAUUCAGCCCAUGAUGGACAUAGUAACAGAGCCUGGGUGUGAUCGGCUGAGCGCAUUGCCCUUUGAGAUCCUGCAGCAUGUAGCACGGUUCCUGGAUGGCUUCAGCCUGUGCCAGCUGUCUAUGGUGUCACGUACCAUGAGGGAUGUGUGCGCUAGUCUGCUGCAGACACGGGGCAUGGUGGUGGUACAGUGGGAAAAGAGGCAGUAUCCUGAUGGGAGUCGAUCCUGGCAGAUAAAAGACAAGGUGUGGCGAUUCAGUACAGCCUUCAGUCCCGUGACCAGGUGGGAGUUUGCAGACAUUUCCAGCAUGGCAGACCACCUGAAACGCUGUCCAUAUAACGAGGUCCAUAGACAGGUGGAGGCCGUGCCGCUGCCGUGCAUGUGCACGACCAGGGAGCUUACCCGAGGCGGGCGAUCACUCCGUUCCGUCCUCAAGCCAGUAUUAUAACAACGACAACAACAACAACAAAAACACUUUAACACCAGAGCGAAAGAGCUACAACACUACAUUACCUAACCUCUUUAAUCAAUAAUAUUCAUCGCUGUGUACAUAAGACAAAUUAUUUUUUGAGUUAAGAUUAUUUUUAUAUAUAGUAUAUAAAUCUAACAACUGCUUCGAUUAUGAUCAGUUUUAAUGACACAUGCACUGAGAAAGAUUUUCAGUGUUUGCCUUGUUUCUCACAGAAAUGUGUGGUAACGUCUAGAGCUGUUCUCCCCAAGAGGUAACACUAAAAUGACAAAAAUAACUCAGUUGAGUGGAGUCAAAUGAAGAGCCUUAAGCUGUGGAUUCGAUUUGUAGAAUUUGACGCAGUGGAUUUACUUGUAGAUUUCCUCAUGCUCACUUCCAUCAAGUGGUGUGUUACAUUAUGUCCGUGUACUCCGGUUGGUAUGACUGGACAAGACCCUUACAGGAGGAGACAUCUUUCCAGAACAAGCACCAGUGGAGCCAACGAUGAAAGAGAGAUGGCUGUGAUUUAAGUGGUGAUACCUUGCCACUACCGACUGUUAUUCAUUGCUAGUAAUCUACUGCACAGAUUCCCAAACCUGUUCCUGGAGUUUCCUCUGUCCUACUCAGGAAGGAGCCCCUCUCCUUCUCAACCCCCAACUCAGGAAGGGUUCUUAAUUAACUGAUUAGUUGAAUCAGAUGUAUUAGAGCAGGGAAAACACGAAAACAUGCAGGGCAGAGGAUACUCCAGGAACCUGUGAUCUUGUGCUGGUUUUGAAUACAUUUUCAUUUUCAGUUUUAGAUGACCAACAGCUGAUCCUAAACUAGCACCCAUACUCUGUGAUUCUGCAUAAUAAAAAAGGUAUUGAUGAGUAAAGGUGUUGACUUAGGAUCAGAGUUUGGCAAUUACAUGCAAUCUGGAUGUCAUUCUACACAAAUAGGUUUGAUAUUUCCAUUAGAAUACACUUUUUUUUUUUCAUUUUCUCACAGUAUGAGCUGUCAAAGCAUGUUGGCCAUAUAAUCAUUUUUUCCUCUGCACUUUACUGAACUCUGUCACACUUGGAACCUUGUUCAACCCAGAGACUGGCAUCAGUGUCAUCAUCUAUCACUAUUAUUUUAGGAGAAAAUGAGGGUUCCACUUUUAAAAGACACUCCACAAGCACUUAAUACAUUUCUGAAAACAUAAUGUAGCACCUUCCUAAAUAUUGUAAACACUCAUAAUUUAAAUGUUUACAUGCAAAAUGUGUUAUAUCUCCAUGUCCAAGUUCACAAGUGCAUGUUGAAUGAAAACGUUUGUGGAUUGUCGCAUUCAUUUCCGAAAGCUUUACAAUAUGUGCAGUUAAUCUGGUAGGUAAUAAUAAGUUGGUCUGCUUUCAACUACUGCAGCAAUUUUCAGGCCUAAUCCAUCCACGCUCACUUUGUUUUUGUGUCUUUCAUCUUUCUGUUCUAUUUCUUAAGCACAUCCAGAGCUGAAUUUGAUUGAUGAUUGGGAUUGAGCAGCACUGAAUUAGCUCAUAAUCCAAAGCCAAGUUUUUGUGUUUAUGUCUGUGUAAUCCCAAUGAAGGCCUUAUGGAGUGUUUUUUUUUGUUUUGUUUUGUUUGUUUGUUUGUUUUUUUGGCAACUCUUGCUGCUGCUGCUGCUGCUGCUGAAGAAGAAGGAAAGUGUUUGCCUGAGAAAGCGUGCUGGCACCAAUGAUAUGGAAAUUAAGCCAGGACAUUAUAUAGUCUGGACCUGCAUGUGGUUUUGGUUGUGUUGAAUAAAAAGAUAUUUUAUCAUCUUUGA